GGUUCGUCUUGACAAUCUCCCGGCUCGUUCCACAGUGCCAAGAAGGCGUCCACUUUUCGAAAACGAAUGACGGAAAAUUCGAAUUAAAUCUAGUUUACAGUGCAUUUUGUUCGGACUGGAGAAGUUUUAUAAACUUCUUUAGACUUUGUCGCCAUGGGGGACGCUAUCUAUGAGGUUCGGCUGGAAUGCUUGGAUGGUGAUAUGAGACGGGUGGAAAGAAAGGUGGACGAACUUCUGAAAAGACCGGUGUACCAGGGAAAAAAAGCAAAACAUGUACAGUCAGAUGUCGAUGAUGGCACGGUGGAUUUCUCCAUGGACGAGAAUGAGGAUCGAGGCAACUGGACGGGCCGUUUCGACUUCUUGCUGUCCUGUUUAGGUUAUGCCGUCGGUCUCGGCAACGUCUGGCGUUUCCCGUACCUCUGUUACAGGAAUGGAGGAGGUGCCUUCUUCAUCCCCUACUGCAUCAUGUUGGUGUUCGUAGGGAUUCCCAUCUUCUUCCUCGAGUUGUCCCUUGGACAGUUCACAAGCAGUGGUCCCUUCACCUGCUGGAGCUUCGCCCCGAUGUUCACUGGUGUAGGCGUGGCCAUGGUCAUCGUGUCCGGUCUUGUCGCGAUCUACUACAACAUGAUAAUCGCCUGGUCCCUCUUCUACAUGUUCGCCUCGUUCACGUCGGAGUUGCCGUGGUCGAGCUGUGAUCUGAUAGAUGGCGCUGAUCGACUUUGUUCGACAUUCCUGAGUGAAGUGACCAGCAAAAAAAACUGCACAGACAAUGGACCAGGCUUCAUGGCCAACAUCACAGAUGGUAUUUGCUACAACGGCAGCAUGACCUUCGGCAUCUGGAACGAGACCCAGCUGGAGGAGGUGGGCCUGAAGAGGAUCCUCCCAGCUGAGGAGUACCUCUACGGCCGAGCGCUCGGCAGGAAGUACAGCGAAGGACUGCACGACCUUGGACCAAUCCGAUGGGAACUAGCGCUAUGUCUGCUUCUCGGUUGGAUCAUUGUUUUCUUCUCCCUGAUCAAGGGUGUGAAGUCGUCCGGAAAGGUUGUCUACUUCACUGCCACCUUCCCCUACAUCGUGUUGACCAUUCUCCUCGUCCGGGGCCUGACCCUUCCCAACAUGGCAGACGGCAUCAGAUUCUACCUGAAUCCCGACUUAGAUAGGCUAAAAGACGCGGGAGUAUGGAAGGAUGCCGCCGUGCAGAUCUUCUUCUCUCUCUCCGCCUCGUGGGGAGGCUUGAUCACUCUUGCUAGUUACAAUAGGUUCCAUACCGACGCUCUCAGAGACUCGUUGAUUGUUUCCCUGGGUAACUGUUUGACCAGUUUCUACGCCGGAUUCGUAAUCUUUUCGCUCCUUGGCUUCUUGGCAGGACAGCUGGGCACAACAGUCGACAAGGUGGCCAGUAGUGGUGUUGGCCUCGCCUUUAUCGUCUAUCCCGAAGCAGUGGUUCGAAUGCCCCUACCUACCCUAUGGGCCAUUCUCUUCUUCGUCAUGCUGUUGACCUUGGGUCUCGACUCGCAGUUUGCCCUGGUAGAGACCGUCACCACCGCCUUCGUCGACAAGUGGCCCGAUACGCUCCGACCAAGAAAGACCAUUGUCAUCCUCGGUACCAGUGUAAUCAUGUACUUGCUUGGGUUGACCAUGUGUACCAACGGUGGAGCCUGGCUGCUACAACUAAUGGAUGAAUACUCUGGCGGCUGGAAUGUGCUACUGAUCUCGCUGUGUGAAUGCAUGUCCAUCGCCUGGGUCUACGGUUUCCUCCGAUUCCGCAAGGACAUCGGCGUCAUGCUCGGAAACAAAUUCUGCGGCUGUAUCCCAUGGUUGCCGAUCUCGUGGUGGUGGGCUGUCUGCUGGUGUUUCAUUACCCCUCUCGGUGUGCUUUUCAUCAUGGUGUUCUCCUGGGUGCGGUACACACCUCUGAAAUAUGAUUGGUACAUCUACCCAACGUGGGCCCAGGCUCUUGGUUGGUUGAUGACGUUUUCAGUCAUCUGCGGUCUGAUCAUCACGCCCAUCGUGCAGUUAAUCUGCUGCAGGAAGGGAAGCUGCGGCGAUCGCUGCAAAAGCCUGGUCUACCCAACACGUGGCUGGGGUCCUGCUCUACUCAAGCACAGGAAACUUAUCGACUGGGUUCCAAUGUACACUACGGACAUAGAGGCCUACAAGGCAGAGAGGGACGGCGGAAUGGUGCCAAUGGGAGGAGUUGACAGCAAGGAAGGCACCGUCAACCCCGGAUACGCUGCAGACAACGAUGACAAGACUGCGUUCUAAACAGAUAUGCACUAGUUAACCGGGUGGUCAAACGAUCCUUCCUGGCCGCGCAGUCACGUGAUAUGCUCGUCAUGACGUUAUUAUACUUGAACUAUUGAACGAAGUUUUGGAUAAGAGACCGUAACGUUCUUGCAAAAAUGGAUGCAUCCAGAAGAUUAGUACUUGUAUAAAGCAUUUUUAUGGAAGUUAAUGAUGGUUUCGUCCUUUUGUGCGAGACCAGUGACGUCAAUGUUUUUGACGGCGAAAACAGUCGAAUGUUAUAUUCCGUCCUACGCGGAGCUAGGCUGGAGUGCUCUGCAAUGUCAGUUUUAUACCAAGUAGCUUUUUAGCAAAAUAUUGUAAAUUACACUUGCAUAUAAUCUUUUGUAGAUACUGAUAAUUUAUAAGGCUCCAAUGCAUCAAAAGAGAAGCUGACUGUUGGAUUUUCGCUGUUUCAUUACCUCGAUACAGUUUUUAACGGGUCUUGAUAUUGGCGGACAGCCUUUCCGCCAUAAGGCGUUGGUCCUGCCACGAAAGCAGGGUUCGCCGCUGCCUUUCCAAAACUGAACCUAUAGCUUUGAUCACCUGGUCCCAUAGCUAGAGCCUCAAUAUCGAUGUUGUCUUAUGAGGGAAUUGGGCGUCUGCUGUAUUGCUGUCAUAACUUUGAUCAGGACGAUUUUCCGUCCACGCCCUGUCCGGCCCUUCUGCAAAAGCUUCACUAUUCUAUUGCUCGAUAACUCACCAGGGGCUGCUGUUACUGCCAAAGGAGGUUUGGGGACUGUUUUCCGUCAACGCCCUAUAAGAUUGAAAAUGCAACAAGCCAGGCCUAUAAAGGUUUGAAAGCAAUGAAAAUUCAGCAUUAAUCAAUAAUAUGUCAUUGUGAUUAUUUAGAACAGCUGCCUUAUGUAGAUAUACGCAUAGUUUAUUUUAAAGAAUAUAUGAUUAUUAUCAUCAAUUGAGAUAAUGUUUUAACACGGACCAAGAAUUUAUAUAAAAUUCUCACGGAUUUACAGUUAGCGAUAUACAUGUCCCGUUUCAAUAAUUCGUUGUGCAGUCUCACAUUUUCUUUGUAUUUCGCCAAUUCCAUAUAGUAAAGUCUGGACUAUCAUCGAACCUCUGGACCAAGUACCUUUUACUUGUAAUUUUUGGUCGGUGGAUUGAUCUGCUCUUUGUUGGUUUUAUGUUAAAUGACCAUUUUACAUUUUAUCUUGCCUGCUUUUCAUUGUUUUAUUGUCUUGUACUCUACGGUUAUCCUAACAUUAAAUCUGUAUGAAAUA